AUGCAAUCCACCAUUCUCAUCCUUCUCUGCCUUGUCUCCAUCGCUGCCGCCUGUCCAGGACUAUUCGGAAUGAUGGGAGGAGAAGGUGGUGGAUUUGGAUGUUCUGGUCCACCACCACCAUCCUCCUGUGGAUGUGGAGGACGAAAGAAGAGAUCCCUUCCAGAAGCUACCAUGGAAUUCUUCGGAAUCGCCACUUCUGAAGACUAUGUGGUGUGUAACACUCCAGAAUUGAAAAAUAUUAUUUUGGAGAACAUCCAAACUUCUGCCACUGACUCAUCAAAAGCAAUCAACGGAGCAUUAGAGGCUAAGGAGCUGAAUCGAUUUACUGUUGUAUGCUCAGAGAACCCAUUCGUUUUCACGAUCCGUGCCGAUACCGUCUACUGUGGAGCCAAGAAGAAUGGCCAUACCUGUAAUGUGUUUUCAAUGUAA